AUGGUAUCUACUAUGCGCCUCGAAGAAUUGGAACAGCGCCUGCUAGACCUCCGUUCAUUCCUGACUAAUAUCGGCAAGGGGGAAGGACCAACCGAACGGUACGAUUUGUAUGCUGCUGGUGGAAAAGCUCGCUUCAACCUGGACGGUAAUUGUCCAAUGGGAAAGUUUAGCAACGAUCAGCACGACCUCAUGUGUUCUACCUUGGCGGUGAUGUUCAGCGGUGAGUGCUCGCCCGAUUAUGUUUGCAAGGUCAUCUUCCCUGAAGCUCUCAUUAGAAUUUACAUGGACGUCGAGGGAUGUGAAUACAAGAAGGCCGAGGAUGAUCUUUUCCCCAUCAAACUGUCCCAAGAGACAGAGGUUAGUUACCUGUGCUAAAUUCGUAAUUGGUGUAUACUCGUACGAGUAGCUCGAAAUAAUGUGUUUUUGAACAUUGUAUUUUUAGGACCCAUUCAUACAGCAGUUUGCAUGGCAAAAGCCAUCAACGCCCCGUUCCGAGGGGGAAGACGAUGAUGAUAGGGAUGACGAUGAUGAUAGGGAUGACGAUGAUGAUAGGGAUGACGAUGAUGAUAGGGAUGACGAUGAUGAUAGGGAUGACGAUGAUGAUAGGGAUGACGAUGAUGAUAGAGAUGACGAUGAUGAUAGGGAUGACGAUGAUGAUAGGGAUGACGAUGAUGAUAGGGAUGACGAUGAUGAUAGGGAUGACGAUGAUUCGAACUAUGAGGAGGAGGUCGAGGAAGAAGAGGAGGAGGUCGAGGAAGAUGAGGUCGAGGAAGAAGAGAAGACGGAGGGUGAAAGUGAGGGCGACAGCGAGAAAAGAGAUAAGGUUUGAUAUCAGAUAUACAUAAUUUUUACAUCGAUCAGAAUACCAUUAUCUACACACAGCCUUUCUUUACAUAGGAGAAAGGAAGAUUGCCAAAGUUCCCCUUCUGUUUUAGCAAUACAAGUAAUAAUUUAACACAGCACUUAAUGUCCUCAUGUAUUGUUAAUAUUUGCAGAGAAAACAUACCGAGGGCGAAAGCGUGGAAAGAAAGAAGGUUUGAUAUCAGAUAUACAAAUUUUUACAUCGAUCAGAAUACCAUUAUCUACACACAGCCUUUCUUUACAUAGGAGAAAGGAAGAUUGCCAAAGUUCCCCUUCUGUUUUAGCAAUACAAGUAAUUAUUUAACACAGCACUUAAUGUCCUCAUGUAUUGUUAAUCUUUCCAGAGAAAACAUACCGAGGGCGAAAGCGUGGAAAGAAAGAAGGUUUGAUAUCAGAUAUACAAAUUUUUACAUCGAUCAGAAUACCAUCUACACACAGCCUUUCUUUACAUAGGAGAAAGGAAGAUUGCCAAAGUUCCCCUUCUGUUUUAGCAAUACAAGUAAUUAUUUAACACAGCACUUAAUGUCCUCAUGUAUUGUUAAUCUUUCCAGAGAAAACAUACCGAGGGCGAAAGCGUGGAAAGAAAGAAGGUUUGAUAUCAGAUAUACAAAUUUUUACAUCGAUCAGAAUACCAUCUACACACAGCCUUUCUUUACAUAGGAGAAAGGAAGAUUGCCAAAGUUCCCCUUCUGUUUUAGCAAUACAAGUAAUUAUUUAACACAGCACUUAAUGUCCUCAUGUAUUGUUAAUCUUUCCAGAGAAAACAUACCGAGGGCGAAAGCGUGGAAAGAAAGAAG